AUGGAGGAGGCGAAGGCGGAGAAGUGGGCAGAGGUGGUGGCGAAGAAGGCGAUAGAGGCGGUGGUGGAGAGAGCGACGAAUUCACUGGUGGCCAGCCUCUCGCCACAUGUUGCGAGAGUACAAGACGCAGCCAUCUCGCUGGCGGACACCAACAAACGACUGGAGACGUCCACUCGGACGGAUAUAACCACUGGCAAUCCAUCCACGCCUAAGGCCGGCCCUCGUCCGAGCUUUCGAGACGUCGUCACGCAGGCUCUCAAGGAUCCCCAGUCAGAAGCUCAGCUCAACCAAGCAGCCAAGGCAUCGAUCAAGCGACGGCAAAUCAUGUUCGACAUCCCCCCAGAGGCGACAGCAUAUCCCACUACCCUAUCAGCUAAAGAAACGGCGAGUCGUCUCCAGCUCAUCCUCGACGCGACCAAGAUGGACGAGUCCCCCGAACUCAAGAUUCGAAAUGUCUCCCGGCCCCAACGCACCUGCAUCUUAGUGGAGAUGCUCACGGAAGACGCGGCCGACUGGUUACGCUCGCCAACUGGCGCCUCGAGCCUGGCAUCCAUCCUCGGUGACGACCUCCACUACCGGCCCCAGGCAUUCAACGUUUUCGUGAAAUUCAUUCCCCUCCCGACAGAGAUCACGGCGCCAGACGUAUUACGGAGCUGCGAGGAGGCGAAUGGUCUCUAUAGAGGUGCUCUCAUGGCAGCGAGAUGGGCAAGGGCACCCAUCAAGCGCCGUCCAGACCAACGGUUUGCUCACGCAGUGGUCUAUUGCAGGGACCCCAUCACCGCCAAUGGACUCAUAAUGAACGGAAUGGUAGCGGACCACGACAAGCUCUCGGUACGCAAAGACAAAAAGGAGCCGAUUAGAUGUGCGAAGUGCCAACUGUGGGGCCAUGUCGCAGCGCUGUGCCUAGCCCCGCGCGACACCUGUGCCCAAUGCGGGGAGGACCAUAGGACGGCCAACUGCAACAAUCACGGCGCCAUGCACUGCGCCUCAUGCAAGAAGAGCACGCACGCGAGCUGGGACAGAAACUGCCCGGUGGCCGAACAGAAGCGGAAGGAACUAGAUGCGAAAUACCCGGAGAACAGCCUCCCCCUCUAUUCGACGGUGGGCAGCUGG